CGCCCGCUGCUGGUGUCGGCAUCAGCGGACAGGACGGUGCGCUUGUGGCAUGUCGGCUCCUCGCACUGCCUGCGCGUCUUCCCCCACCCCGACAUAGUGACGGCGGUGGCGUUCCACCCGCGGCAGGCGAAUGUGUUUCUGACGGGGGCGCUGGAUGAGAGGGUGCGCGUGUGGGCGGCAGCGCAGGGCGCCGUGCUGGACUGGGUGGACGUGGGCGAGAUGGUCACUGCCGCCGCCUUCAUGCCUGAUGGCCAGGGCAUAGCAGUGGGGACAGCCAUCGGCAAUUGCCGCUUCUACUCCAUCUCUGGUAACCACAUCAUGCUGCACACGAGAGAACACACGAGACCACGGCGUUCAUGCAAAUUGUCCAUCCUCAUUGCCAGAAUUUUGCAUUUCCGUAACCCCUCUCACCCCUCUCACUGCAUGCACUCGUUCAACUCCUUGACCUGUUUCUCCCCAUACAUGCUCUGCCCGGCAGCUGACGGCGAGCUGAGUCUGGACGAGUCAGUGGAUCUGCGCGGCGCAAAGGCCAAGAAGCUUCCUCCGAAGAAGAUCACGGGCAUCCAGGCGGUGCCGGGGUCGUCCGCCCACGUGCUGGUGUCGGCGGCGGACUCGCGCCUGCAGCUGUACCAGGGCGCGCAGCUCAAGUGCAAGCUGCAGGGCCACAAGAACACCGCCUCGCACCUGGCGGCGGCUGUCAGUGUGGGUGGUGACUUCAUCGUGAUGCCCAGUGAGGACGGCACCAUCUUCCUCUUCAACCCGCCUGGGCUCCUUGCCAAAACCGGACAGCCGAAUGACCGGCAGAAGGCAUACGAGUAUUUUGCGUGCCCGAGCGUGAGCAGUGCAGUGGCAGUGUGGCCGCUGGGGGUGGAGAGGCGGCGAGUGGGCCAGUCGUCGCUGACCUCAGGUGGUGCUGCCAGCGCCUCUCUGCCCGGCCUGUUGCCUGACCAGCCACGUCUCAUCCCCCGGGGGACCAGCUCCGCCUCUCCUGCUGCCACCCUCACGACACGCCCAGGUGCUGCUCCUUCCCCUGCCACUGCUGCAGCGCCUGCCGCUGCCAGCAGCAAUGGCGGCAGCACAGUGGGGCUGUUCUACGGGGGUACGGCUGCCCUCACAGCAGCAGCAGUGGCGCCUUCUCCCUCACCAACAUUGGCGGGCGCGGACUGGGAGCAGAGCAGCCGGGGCAGCCAUGGGGACAGUAAUCCCAGCCGCCCCACCACGAGUGCCAGCGUGGGCGGCAGUGCAGGGCAGCACAGCACGUCCACGGACCUGGGGGGGUCGGGCGAGGCGGACAAGGCGUUGAGGGAGCGAUUUGAAGCUGCUGUGGCCGCCAUCGAUGAUGGCGGGGCAGGCGCUGCGCCUGGCGAUGGUUCGGGACAGGCAGUGCAGGACGGAGGUUGGAGUGUGGCAGCAGCAGAUGGGGGCGCAGCAGCAGCAGCAGGCGCUAGCAAGCCCCCGCUGCACUCUGCUGCCCCAGGGGCGUCACGAAGCCCUCUUCGUCUUUUCUCCCCCUCCUGGGCGGCAAGUGAUGAGCUGGGGGGCGGCGGCAGCAGUGCAGCCGACGGGCUGGAAGCGGCGGCAGCAGCAGUGGCAGGCACAGAGGGGCCAACGCAGACUGUACCAGGUGCUGCAGCACAGGCAGCAGCACAGGCAGCGGGUGGAGCGGCAGCAGCAGCAUCGAGACGGAAAGAGCAGAUGGCAGCCGCCGCAGCAGCUGCCGCACCCACACCACCCAAGGGCAGAGCCGCAGCCACAGGGGGAGGGGCAGGAGGAGGGGCAGGGGGAGGAGGGGGCGAGGGAGGGGGGUGGCAGUGGGGCGAGGGCACGGCAGAGAGGGCGUCGGCACUGGGGCUGGUAAUCGUGGCGGGCAGCUUCAUGGGCGAGCUGAGGGUGUACCAGAACAUGGCCGCCCCCUCCAAGGGGUAG